AUAAAAAUCAGCUGAUUACAGACAACAUUCAAAAUGGCGGAGAAAAUUUUGGCGGGAAUGAAAAUGGUGGAAAUGAAGAAAGCAUUCGAAUUCUUGGACAAAAAUGGAGACGGAAGACUUUCCAGCGAGGAAGUUCUGGCGUUUAUGGAGUCGUUAGGUUUGAACCCGACCGAGACCGAGAUCGCUGAUCUCAUUCAUAAUGUCGAUGCUAACGAGGAUGGAAAAAUAGAUUUUGAUGAGUUUACUGAAAUGAUGAAGGGUAUGGAGAAGGAGGACGAGGAUGCUGAAUUGCAGAAAGCUUUUGAAGUAUUCGACACGAACCAUGACAGUUCUCUAUCCCCGGAUGAAGUAAAAGCUCUGCUUAAGCGUUUAGGAAUCCCUCCGACAGAUUCACAGGUUAAGGAAGUAAUGAAGAUGGUGGACACCAACAAGGAUGGGAAAAUAAGUUUAGAAGAAUUUAAAGCAAUUAUGAAAUCUUAGAAAGUAUUUAGAAUUUUUACUUCUAUUUGCAUUUAAACAGUUUCCCAUUUUGAUGUUUUUUAUAAAAACAUGUUUAUUAUAGUUAAUAAUGGUGUGUGAUAAAAUUAACCUUGUGUGCCUUACAGCUUGCUAAACAUGAAAUAAUUACAAAUAAAUCGCUUAAAGGAGUGACCGGCAAUGUAUGGUAGUUGAACUGAGAAUUUCAGUUUUCGAA